AUGGCUCUCGUGCAGACCGACCCCGACGCGUAUGUGAUCAAGCCAGCGGCGGCUGCGCCUGCCAUCGACACCAGCGACUGGCCUUUGCUGCUCAAGAACUACAGCGACCUGCUCGUUCGCACAUCGCACUACACUCCCAUCCCCAACGGUUGCGCGCCGCUAUCGCGAGACCUCAAGUCGUACAUUAGCUCUGGUGUCAUCAACCUCGACAAGCCUUCCAACCCAUCCUCUCACGAAGUCGUGUCAUGGAUCAAGCGCAUGCUGAGAGUCGAGAAGACUGGUCACAGCGGUACUCUCGACCCCAAGGUCACUGGUUGCCUCAUCGUCUGCAUUGAUCGUGCCACCCGUCUCGUCAAGUCCCAGCAGGGAGCCGGAAAGGAGUACGUUUGCGUCAUUCGCAUGCACGACAAGCUUCCUGGAGGCGAGGCGCAGUUUGCGCGUGCCCUUGAGACGCUCACCGGAGCUCUGUUCCAGCGUCCCCCGCUCAUUUCCGCCGUCAAGCGUCAACUCCGUAUCCGAACUAUCCACGAGAGCAAGCUUUACGAGUUUGACAACGAGAGGCAGCUCGGUGUCUUCUGGGUCAGCUGCGAGGCCGGAACCUACAUCCGUACUCUUUGCGUGCAUCUUGGUCUUUUGCUCGGUGUCGGCGCUCACAUGCAGGAGCUGCGCCGUGUCAGGUCUGGAGCUAUGGACGAGACCAAGGACCUGGUCACUCUGCACGACGUUCUCGAUGCCCAGUGGCUGCACGACAACAACCGCGACGAGGCCUACCUUCGCAAGGUCAUCGCACCUCUCGAGAGUCUUCUGAUGAGCUACAAGCGUAUCGUCGUCAAGGACAGCUCUGUCAACGCUAUCUGCUACGGUGCUAAGCUCAUGCUUCCCGGUCUGCUGCGUUUCGAGAAGGGUAUUGAGAUCCACGAGGAGGUUGUCCUCAUGACCACCAAGGGUGAGGCUAUUGCGCUCGCAUACGCGCAGAUGUCUGCCGUUGAGAUGUCAUCAUGCGACCACGGUGUUGUUGCGAAGAUCAAGCGUGUCAUCAUGGAGCGCGACCUUUACCCCAGGAGGUGGGGUAUGGGCCCAGUCGCCACCGAGAAGAAGAAGAUGAAGGAGGCUGGCACUCUCGACAAAUUCGGCCGCCCCAAUGACAAGACUCCCGCUAAGUGGAACACCGAGUACAAGGACUUCAACAGGAACGACGUCGAUGGCGCUUCCGCACCUGUCGCUGAGACCACCUCCACGUCCGAGGUCCUCGCCGCUCCUGCUGUCCCCGCAACUGGUCUCGCACCUGCCGAAGAGGCUGAGGCGGAAGCCGAGGUCGCCGACAAGAAGAGCAAGAAGCGCAAGAGCCGUGGUGACGGCGACGACGAGGGUGAUGAAGACAAGGCCGAGCGCAAGCGCAAGAAGAAGGAGGAGAAGGCUGCGAAGAAGGCCGCCAAGGCCGAGAAGAAGGACAAGAAGAAGAGCAAGGAUGAUUCUGACAGCGACUCCGACUAA